UGUCUGCAUGUCCAAAAGCUUCUCCAGAUGAUAGAGCCAAAUGCAAGAAUGCAAUUGAGGAGGCAAGGAAUAAAAAGAAGAAUAAGAAAAAGGAAGAAGAUCUGAUGAGAUCAACAGUCAAUAUUUCUGAAAAGGGGGAAGGGAAUGGCGAUGAUGAAUUGCAAGAAUUAGGGAGUAAUAACCCACCCCGCACACUUGGCCCUAUGGAUAAAUUUGCAAGCUCCAUCAGCCCUGAAGCUGGUUCAAGUGUAAAAAUGACACAAAGACAACAAAAUAUCAAUGCACUCUUUAAAGAGAGGACACAGACAGUCCGUGAAUAUUGUGCUAGGUGGGUCUAUGAGCACAGUAUUCCUUUCAAUGCCACUGAUAAUGACAGUUUCAAGUUGUUUGUUGAGGCAGUUGGUCAAUUUGGGCCAGGCUUCAAUCCUCCUAGUCAAUACCAGUUGAGGGAAACGUUGCUAAAGGGGGAAGUUGACAGGAUGAAAGGUUUGUUAAAGAAGCAUGAAGAAGAGUGGGCAAGAAAUGGGUGCUCCAUUAUGACAGAUGCUUGGAGUGAUAGAAAAAGAAGGAGCAUCAUGAACUUAAGUGUUAAUUUUAAUGCAGGUACUGCUUUCCUUUCUUCUAAAGAAUCUUCAGAGGAGGCACAUACAAGUGAACUCAUUUUUGAGUAUGUGGACAAAUGCAUUGAGCAAGUUGGGCCACAAAAUGUUGUCCAAGUGGUAACUGACAAUGCUGCCAACAAUAUGAGAGCGGCAAAGUUAUUGAAGGUGAAGAGACCCAAUAUCUUUUGGACAUCAUGUGCUACUCACACCAUCAAUUUAAUGCUUGAAAGCAUUGGAAAACUGCCAAGGUACAAAAAAGUCAUUGAUCAAGCCAAGAGUUUGACAAUCUUUAUUUAUGCACAUCAUAAGACCUUAUCCUUAAUGAGGUCAUUUACAAAGAAGAGGGAUAUAGUGAGACCGGGUGUCACUAGAUUUGCUUCUUCUUUCCUUACUCUACAAAGUUUAAUGGAGAAAAAGAGCCAAUUGAGGGCAAUGUUUACUAGCUCUGAGUGGGAGGAGUGCAAGUGGUCAAAGACUGUUAAAGGGAAAGCAGCCUAUGCAACUGUGUUAAGCAUUGCUUUCUGGAAUGGUGUGACUAUAUGUCUUAAGGUUUUUGCACCUUUGGUGAAGGUGUUUCGAAUUGUUGAUGCAGAUAAGAAGCCUUCUAUGGGCUUUUUAUAUGGAGAGAUUAAUCAGGCAAAAAAAGAUAUUAAGGAGGCCUUAAACAAUCUUGAAAAGAACUAUUUGCCUAUUAUGGAAAUUAUUGAUGCAAGAGUGAAAGAUAGGCUAGAUAGUCCAUUGUAUUUUGCGGCUUACCUUUUGAAUCCAUAUUAUUUGUUCAAAGAUAUGGAUAUGCAAUUUGAUAAUGAACUGAUGGAUGGGUUUUUUAAUGCUGUGGAGAUGUUUUUUUAUGGUGAUGAUCGCAUGCAAGGGCAUAUUUUAAAUGUUGAGUUGCCAAAAUAUACUUGCAAAGAAUGAGUUUUUGGAAAGUCAUGGGCAAUUCAAGAGUGUGCAACAAAUGAUGAUAAUUAUAACCCAGUUAAAUGGUGGAUGACUUAUGGAAAUCAAACACCAAACUUGCAACGAAUGGCGAGAAGGAUCCUCUCGUUAACUAGUAGUUCAUCCGGUUGUGAAAGAAAUUGGAGUACUUUUGAAGGGAUACAUACGAAGAAAAGAAAUAGACUAGAUGUUAAUCGAUUGAACAAUCUAGUCUUUGUCCAAUUUAAUGCAAAACUGAUGAACAAGCAAAAAAGGGAGAAGGAGAGGAAUGUUGAUGUGCUACUUGCUAGUGAUGCUAGUAAUGCACAAGGAUGGAUCGUUGAUGGAGAAGAUGAUGAAGAAAUUGAGCCUGGUAUGGGGCUCACUUGGGAAAUGGUUGGUGAAGCUUCUGGAGCAGACGACAUGCUUCAACCUCGAAGAAGUUCUAGGAUGAGAGAACUUCAUGAAGAUGAUUUUCAAUCAGAAGAAGAAGAUGAACAAGAGCAUCAUGAAUUUGAUUUUGAGUCUGAUGAAGAUCAUGUGCUAGAAGAAUAUGGAGAGGAAGAAGAAGAAAUCCACUAAGAUAACUAGAUAUUACUUAGAUUCUUCAUAUAUGUUUUAAUGUUUAUGUUGUAUUAUUGUUGUUUUUGUCAUCUUGACCUCAGUACUAAUCUACAACAGUUUGUUUUUAAAGUUUUUUAAUGUUUAAAUUCAUUAUUUCACUUAUUAUUCCAACUUUGGUUUACUUGAUAUCAAAUUGCAUCAAAAAAUUUUUAAAAAAAACACUAUUUUCCAAGUCGCCGCCUAAGCCCCGCCUAGGCGCCCUAGGCGCUAGGCCCCAGUCGGGCGCCCGACUAGCGCCUAGCGCCUUUUAGAACAAUGAAGGCAAGAUUUCCUAUUUUGAAAUUAAUUACCAAUUAUCCACUUAAUAGGUAAAAACAAAUCCCCACUGCAUGUUGAGCAAUACAUAACUUUAUUCGUCAGAAGCAUGCUUUAGAUAGGUUGUUCGUUGAGUAUUCUUCCGAGAAUAUGGUAUUUCAAGAUAUACCCGAGGCAAGUCAAGAUCAAGAAGUCAUACAUUUUGAUACUAGUCAAACAACUCAAAUGGGACAAGUCAGGGAUCAAAUUGCUACACAAAUGUGGAAUGACUAUUCAAGA